GUGUCGGACAAGAAGCCCAGUUUCAAAGGGCAAUAUUUUUCACUUUUACUUACCCCUCUUCCGUCCACUUCGUCGAACUGAAUCUGUACUCCUGGACAGAUAGUUCAAAAUGGCGGUAGCAUUGGCUAAGGAAGAUAUUGACUACACCAUUAAACCGGAAGCUGCGACUCCCAGCAUUUCUACCUCCGACUGGCCUCUUCUAUUGAAGGAUUAUGAUAAGCUUCUUGUCAGAACUGGCCAUUUUACGCCGAUUCCUGCCGGCUGCUCUCCUCUCAAGCGUGAUCUUAAAUCCUACAUCAGCUCUGGUGUGAUAAAUCUCGAUAAGCCGUCUAACCCAUCUAGUCAUGAGGUUGUAGCUUGGUUGAAAAGGAUCCUGAGAACCGAAAAGACUGGCCAUAGUGGCACUCUUGAUCCGAAGGUUACCGGCUGUCUGAUCGUCUGCAUUGAUCGGGCAACUCGCUUGGUGAAGUCGCAGCAAGGCGCGGGAAAGGAAUAUGUGUGUGUGAUCCGCCUUCAUGACAAGAUCCCUGGUGGUGAAGCCCAAUUUAGACGGGCUCUUGAGACUUUGACCGGUGCCCUUUUCCAACGCCCACCAUUGAUUUCGGCUGUCAAGCGUCAGCUCCGUAUCAGAACUAUUCACGAGAGCAAGCUUUAUGAGUUCGAUAAUGAAAGGCACCUUGGUGUGUUUUGGGUCAGCUGCGAAGCGGGGACGUACAUUCGGACUCUCUGUGUCCACCUGGGUCUUCUCCUAGGCGUUGGCGCACACAUGCAGGAGCUGAGACGUGUUCGGAGCGGAGCGAUGAAUGAGCAAGAUGGUAUGGUAACUUUGCAUGAUGUUCUGGAUGCGCAAUGGAUGUACGAUAAUCAGCGUGAUGAGUCCUAUCUGCGAAAGGUCAUCCGACCACUGGAAACUCUUUUGACAACAUACAAGCGUAUUGUUGUCAAGGACAGUGCUGUCAACGCUGUUUGCUAUGGUGCAAAGCUCAUGGUGCCUGGUCUACUACGCUUUGAAGCCGGCAUCGAAGUGAACGAAGAGGUUGUACUGAUGACCACGAAGGGAGAAGCCAUCGCCAUUGGCAUUGCUCAGAUGUCAACUGUCGAGCUCUCCACCUGUGACCAUGGUGUCGUUGCCAAGGUCAAGCGUUGCAUCAUGGAACGUGACCUCUAUCCUCGCAGAUGGGGAUUGGGUCCUGUGGCCUUGGAGAAAAAGAAACUCAAGUCUUCUGGAAAACUGGAUAAAUACGGCAGAACGAAUGAGGCGACCCCAGCCAAGUGGAAGAAUGAAUACAAGGAUUACAGUGUUGCGGAAGAGACGCCCGCAUAUCAGCCUACCGAGACGACAUCGAAGGAAGAUGUUGCUGCCGCGCUGCCACCGCAAGCGGAGACUCAGUCGUCUCCGCAAGGCAAGGUAGAUGUUGACGAGUCCAAAGAUGACGAGAAGAAGCGUAAGAGGCAUGAGGGCGAAACCCCCGAGGAGCGUGCUGAGCGCAAGCGGAGGAAGAAAGAGAAGAAGGAGAAGAAAGAGAAGAGAAAGUCAAAGCAGGGAAAGGAGGAAAGCGAUGACAGCGAAUAAUUGGUUCUGGGGAAAUCUCUUUGCGACCACUUCGAGAGAUUUCUUCGGGACAUCGAUGCGCUUUACUGCGCUUGCAUGUCGGACUGCUAUUUGGGCCCAUUUCCUGUAACAUACUUGUUUUUGUUGGAGUCUGGGUUUGAAAAGGAUAUUUGAUAUUCGCUUUUAUUUUUGUUUUUAGUUAGAUAUCUUGAAAAUGCAAGUAAAUUCGCUCUGCA